AUGAUUUCUGAAGAUUCAUUUAUUCGUGAUGGUGAUUACUCUAUUCUUCAAAAAGUUGGAGGUGAACAACUUCGACCUUGUCGUCUUUUAAGUGGACAACGUGCACUUAUUGAAAAGCUUAGUUUUGACCCGACAAUUGCUUUUGGAAAGCCGUUUGGAAUUUUUGAGGUCUGCUCUAAUGGGAAAACAUCGACUGAUUUACGUCAAAACGAAUCUUUUAGUGACAUUCAUCAAAUUGAACUACAACAGAAUGAUAAUAUUAGUUUAGCUUCUGUAAACGGUUUUGUUUUAGUUUUAUAG